AUGAACCGGAACGAGGAGACGCAUUUGAAUAUUAGUCAAUAUGGAAACAAAUCAUUUAUAGUCAGCAUCACUUCUUUUCAUUCUGCUCUGGUAUUAACCUCCAACGUAAGCCAUCGCGAUGAUGCGUUUGUAUGCACCUCUAAAAACACACUUCCCUCUAGUUCUGACAGCACCAAGUUGCACCAAAAGAAAACAGACAAGUUCUCCCCACAUAAAGUGACUUCUAUAAUGUCUGAUCAGUUCGUUCAAAGCUCUAUAAGUUCGGGGUCGCUGGCCCAAGAUGACUCGCUGUCGACUCAAAAAGCGGAGCAGUUUGUAACUGAGUAUGGACUAGACCAGGAAAUCCAAAGGGCUAUAGCUCAACACGACUUAGCGCAACAACUCCAACAGCAAAAUGAGACAGACAAUUCUGAGAGUAAAAUGGGCGCGAAUAACCAUGAGCUGGAGCAUGAAGGUCAAGAACAAGCACAAGAGGCAGAACAACAAACACAACAACCACAACAAACACAACAAACACAAGAACAAGGUGCACAAGAAGAACAGGGACAAUUAGAACAACAAAAGCAACAAACCGAGCUAGAAGUGGGGCAAGAGCAACAAAACUACCAAGAACAAGAACAAGCACAACACCAAGAGCUGCCAGAUAAUCACCGCGGGGAUGAACAACAACAACAGCAACAGCAACAACCACAACAACACCUAGAAGAUAAUUCACAAAAACAAGCUAAAACGGAACCAUCGGAGCCGCUUAACGUCCAAACUCAUGACCUCGUGAUGGGCUCUGAAGCUGAGAAGCUGAGUCUCCAGAUGAUUGCAGAUGAGCUUAAACGGGCUACAACAGACCAAGCGAUGGUGGACAACACUCAAGACGAAAAGAACCAGAAUACUCUGGAUCAAAAACAAAAUAAUCUCCCAGGGUACAUUCCUCCAGACUCUGAACUUUUAGCUACGAAUACAGCGUUAGCCGCGUACAAUGCUCUUUCAAGCCACGUUCCCCCGGCUGCACUGUUGGCUAAUGUACAAUUAGCUGCCGUUCCCUUACCUAUAGUGGCAGCAGACUAUUUGCCUGCGCGGAUCCAGCUUCUUAUAAAUUCUUUACCUGUUCUAGAUAACUUGGCGUCCCAAUUACUCCGUGUUUUUGCCAUAGGGCCCUACCAGAAGAUAAUUGAUUUGGCGUCCAGUCCAGAAACGCCAUCAGGUGCUGCUUUCCGUGAUUUGACCUCCCUUUUUGAGUUCACGAAACGUCUUUACUCCGAAGAGGACCCGUUUUUAACUGUUGAACAUUUGGCUCCGGGAAUGUGGAAGGAAGGAGAAAAAACCCCUAGCAUGUUUAGAAGUCGUGAACAAACUAUAGAAUCGACGUUACGAAAAGUGAAUCUCGCCACCUUUUUAGCUGCAACAUUGGGCACAAUCGAAGUCGGUUUCUUCUACUUGAAUGAGUCGUUCUUAGAUGUUUUUUGUCCGUACAACAACUUAGACCCGGCAAACUCCAUGUCCAAUAUGAAUCCUUCCAAUAUGAGUCUUCAAAGUGGUGUAAACACGAUCAUUGGAGAUAAAGUGGGUAAACUCUUGAAGUCUCAGGCAGUUUUGUAUCUUGAUUUGAAGACGCAAGCCUACAUUUCCGCAAUUGAAGCAGGAGAAAGAUCCAGGGAGGAGAUCUUGGAAGACAUUUUGCCUAGCAAUUUGGAACAAAUUCUUCUCGAAAGAAGAGGUGUUAAGUCGUUGUCACCAUCAGAAGUAGAUUUCGUUGCAAGGUGCAAAUCACGGAAAGAAACUUUACUCAAUUACCCCGAAGGAUCGAAUCUAAGCGAAGAAUACGAAUGGUUUGAGUUUCUAAAAGAAAUGUUUGACUACGUGGCCAAGAAUAUGGGCUUCCUCAUUUGGGGAAAGAGAGGAAAACCACAUACCCGUUCUGAAAGAAAUUUGAACACCCCUAUACCAACCACCACUCCUCCCGUUUCCAAUACACCUCACAGUGAAGAAACACUUCGAGAAGUUAGUAUGAACACAGCAGUGGAUCACAUAGAUCCCGCGGCUAGCCAAGAGAUUAAUGAUAUCACGUCUGCGCUUUUGCCCAGCGAGAUUCAGGAACAACAGAUACAUAUACGAAUCAACCCUCGUAUGCAAGGGAAAGUUACGAAUAGACGCCCUUGGACAAGGGAAGAGGAGAAAGCAUUGCGUCAUGCGCUUGAACUUAAAGGACCGCUGUGGUCAACAAUACUUGAACUUUUUGGGCAGGGUGGUCGGAUCAACGAGUCAUUGAAGAAUAGGACACAAGUGCAACUAAAAGAUAAGGCAAGAAACUGGAAGAUGUUUUUUCUCAAAUCGGGUCUUCCAGUUCCCGCUUAUCUUCUGAAGGUGACAGGAGAUCUAGAACGUGACGAUAAGCUGAGAGCGAAAAAUGCACGAAACAAAAAGACUGCAGCAGCUCCUGUUCCAACUGUGGCAAAGAAAGAUGGAGAAGGAAGUGAAACAGCAUUUAACGGCGCCGCGCAGGAUGCAGCUCGGAAGAGAAGGAAAGUUGCAUAA